AUGAUCAAUCCUCACUCAUCUCAGAGCCACAACCAUCACUCUUCUCCAGGAAUGCCAACUGUCAAUACCACGACAAGUGCGACAGGGCUUUCCAUACCUUCCUCACCCAACAGCAACAACAAUUAUUCACUCCAUAACACCAACAACAAUGUGCCCUUGAAUCACUCUCACUCGACCAUUGUCUCCAAAGAGAGUUGUCUUUCCCCUGUAAAUCAUCAUCAUUCCGAAUCAACAACAAGAACAUUUCAUCAUUCGGAAGAUCAACAAGCCAUAGCAUCCAACAAUGAAGUAUUCUUUUUCGUCAUGACUCCCGAUGAAAAGAAUCAAUUCAUGCUUCGAGUCGAUCAAUAUGUUCAAGAAAGACGACCACACGAAGCACUUUCCUUACUUGCUCAUAAGGCAAAAAAUUUACAAGAUCAUUUACAAGAUUUAAUGAAUCAACAAGAGAGUUUACAUCGAGAAUAUGAACAAGUACGACGACGACGACUUGAAUACUUUGAUAGGAUUAAUAAUAUCGUGUAUCAUCAAGAUGGAGAGUCACAAAUGAUUGAUUUUCAUCGAUGGAAUCAAUUAAGCAUGACCAUUGACGCUGUCAAGAAACAACUUGUGGAAUUAAUGUUGAAAAAAGUACAAAUGUUACUUCCCAUGCAACUCGAACAGGAAGCUGAACGAGAUUUGAAAAUAAUUUUCAAUCUUGAUCCACAAAAUGAAAUGGCAAAUCAAUACGUUUCAAUUUUGGAACAACAAUUACAAGAAAAGGCCAUUCAAGAAGAAGAGGAAAAAUUAGAACAGUUACAACGGCGGCGGCGUAAUGACGAAACAAUCCUCUUGUCUGAUCUGGAUUCCGGAACUCUUCAUGAACGAUAUGGUGUCGUCUCUCGAAAACGAACGAAUACUCUCUAUGAUUUCAACGAAGAUAUUGAAGAAUUGGAAUGUCCACUUUGUUAUCGAGUUUUCUAUGAACCUGUGACGCUGAGUUGUGGCCACACGUUCGAUCGUAGUUGUAUUUGUCGAGUGCAUGAUUAUAGUGACAAGUGUCCACUCUGUCGACAAACCAUUCACGUUGUGCCCUAUGAUUAUCCAGUGACCGUAGUCAUUAAUGAACUAUGUCAAAAAUAUUGUAAACAACAAUAUGAGCAACGAAAGAAGGAAAUGGAAGAAGAAAAUGGUUCUCGACAACUCAAUAUUAAUCACAUUCCCAUCUUUGUAUUGGACUUUGUACUGUAUCCUCAUACCUUACUGCCGUUACACAUCUUUGAACCUCGUUAUCGAUUAAUGAUGAGACGAUGCAUGAGUGGAAGUAAAUGUUUUGGAUUAGUAUGUUGUGGACCGAAUCGUAAUGGUGACAUUGCCAAAUAUGGUUGCAUUGCAAAAAUUACCAGUUUUAAAUUAUUGCCAGAUGGUCGAAGUAUUAUUGAGACAGUGGGUACGGAUCGAUUCAAAAUUUUGGAAAAGUGGGACACGGAUGGAUAUAUUUGUGCCAAAGUUCAAUUACUCAAAGACAAGACUGAAAAUGAAAUUCAUGUCAUGGAGACUGGACAAUUCAACACCAACCGUACGACCUCUGUGCCUCAGGGUGGAAAUGGAAAUUCUCAUGACACGCCCAUUUCUUCAGUGAGAAUGACCAGUAAUGACGCCAUGCAUCCAUCCUCACACGGUGUACCUUCUUCAUCAUCGACAACCUCCACUGCCAAUUCCUUCUGGAAUGGAUUGGACAAUGUUUGGCACACAGCAGAGAGAAUGACUUUGCAACAACUCAAUGAACAAUUGUAUCAACUCGUAGACAUAUUCCUGCAAGAUGUUGGACCAGAGACGAAACAAACCAUUAUUCAAAAAGUUGGGCCUUAUCCCAAAGAGAAUGAACCAGAAAAAUUGAGUUUUUGGGUGAGUGCCAUGUUGCCUCUCACAACUCAACUCAAGCUAGAUUUAUUGGCCAUUACUAAUACUAAGGAAAGAUUACGAGUGUUGUUGUCGAUAUGUAAACAAAUUGCUCAGUCUCAACAAUCGAAUUGUGCUACUCAAUAA